CGCAGGAGGAGGAACUGUCCGGUGCUGAUGAUCUUCACAAGAUCAAGGUGCGCUUGGAUAAAGCUCCUAAGUCAACGACAGAACUAUUACACGCAUUUACAAGUCGUUGUCUAGGUUUCGUGAUAUUUGAAACAGUGUCCGGGAGUCGUAUUUUUAUUUUUGUUUUCAGUUUCAAACCUUUAUUCGCCCAGCCAAUGGGGAUGGAACGUACGGGCUGAACGGCUGGCAGCAUCCAGACAUUUUGAUUGUUUGAUUGAUGCAUUCCUCUGCAGACCAUAUCUGCUGACCCGAGAGAAACUUUAUUCGGAUCAAACCAAGAUCAUACACGAUGGUGGACGCGGCUGAAUGUUGUGUGAAGGUGAUGUGCCGAUUCAGGCCACUUAACGAGUCGGAAAUCAACAGAGGUGACAAAUACAUACCGAAAUUCAAAGGAGAAGACACCGUGGUCAUAGCGGGCAAGCCGUAUAUCUUCGACCGUGUCCUUCCUCCAAACACAACACAAGAACAAGUAUAUGAUACCUGUGCCAAACAGAUCGUUAAAGAUGUGCUGGAUGGCUAUAAUGGGACCAUCUUUGCUUAUGGCCAAACCUCAUCAGGGAAGACUCACACUAUGGAGGGGCAGCUUCAUAACGCACAGUUAAUGGGCAUCAUCCCUCGCAUCGCCCAGGACAUCUUUGAACACAUCUACUCUAUGGAUGAAAACCUGGAGUUCCAUAUCAAGGUCUCUUAUUUUGAAAUAUACCUGGACAAAAUCAGAGACUUGCUUGAUGUUUCAAAAACCAACCUGGCUGUACACGAGGAUAAGAACAGGGUGCCCUUUGUCAAGGGUUGCACGGAGCGCUUUGUGUCCAGUCCAGAGGAUGUCAUGGAUGUGAUUGACGAGGGUAAAGCCAAUCGCCAUGUGGCUGUCACAAACAUGAAUGAGCACAGCUCCCGCAGUCACAGCAUUUUCCUCAUUAAUAUUAAGCAAGAAAAUGUGGAGACAGAGAAGAAACUGAGUGGAAAACUCUACCUGGUGGAUCUGGCAGGAAGUGAAAAGGUCAGUAAAACUGGAGCUGAAGGAUCUGUGCUGGACGAGGCUAAAAAUAUCAAUAAGUCUCUCUCUGCUCUGGGGAACGUCAUCUCAGCCCUGGCUGAAGGAACCAAAACCCAUGUGCCGUACAGAGACAGUAAAAUGACCAGGAUCCUGCAGGACUCUUUAGGUGGAAACUGCAGAACAACCAUCGUCAUCUGCUGCUCUCCCUCUGUAUAUAAUGAGGCUGAGACCAAAUCCACCCUCAUGUUCGGCCAGAGAGCCAAAACCAUCAAAAACACAGUUUCUGUUAACAUGGAGCUCACAGCUGAGGAAUGGAAGAAGAAAUACGAGAAAGAGAAAGAGAAAACCAGAAAUCUGAAAAUCAUCAUUCAGCGUCUAGAAAAUGAGCUCAAACGAUGGAGGAAAGGUGAGACUGUACCUGUGAACGAGCAGCACAGCAAUAAAGAAUCCAAGAACUGUGAAGCAGCUCCUGUAAUUGACACUUCGGCUCCGCCUCCUGAGCCUCUGUCUGAUGCAGAGAAAACCCAGUAUGAGGAGCUGAUCAAUGACCUGUAUCAGCAGCUUGACGACAAGGACGAUGAGAUCAACCAGCACAGUCAGCUGGCAGAGGACCUGAAGCAGCAGAUGGUGGAUCAGGAUGAGCUGCUGGCAUCCACACGACGUGACUAUGAAAAGAUCCAGGAAGAUCUGAACCGUCUGCAGCGUGAGAAUGAAACGGCAAAGGAGGAGGUGAAAGAAGUGCUCCAGGCCUUAGAGGAGCUGGCGGUCAAUUAUGACCAGAAGAGCCAUGAGGUGGAGGAGAAAAGCAAGACAAACCACCAGCUCUCAGAUGAGCUUGUGCAGAAGAGUAGCGCUCUGGCUGGUGUGGAGCGAGAUCUGUCAUCCCUGAAGGAGCUCAGUGAACAUCACAGGAGGAGGUCAGCCGAGAUACUCAGUCUGUUGCUCCGGGACCUCGGUGAGAUUGGCAGCGUUAUUGCCUUGAAUGACCACAAGUUGUCAGAGCUGAAUGGAGGAAUGGAGGAGGAAUUCACAAUGGCGAGGCUCUUCCUCAGUAAGAUGAAGUCAGAAGUGAAGUCUCUGGUCAACCGCAGUAAACAGCUAGAGAGCACACAGAGCGACACCAUGCGUAAAAUGCAGGCCAACGAGAAAGAGCUGGCGUCCUGUCAGAUGCUGAUCUCUCAGCAUCAAGCAAAGAUCAAAUCCCUCACAGACUACAUGCAGAACAUGGAACAGAAGAAGAGACAGCUGGAGGAAAGCCAUGACUCACUGAUGGAGGAACUCGCUAAACUCCAUGCAGAAGAAAGGAUGCAUGAGGUUUCAGUCCUGGAUAAGGAAAAGGAACACAUGAGCAGAAUGCAGGACGCUGAGGAAAUGAAGAAAGCCCUGGAGCAGCAGAUGGAAAGCCACAGAGAGACUCAUCAGAAGCAGCUUUCACGUCUGAGGGAUGAGAUCGAGGAGAAACAGAGGAUACUGGAUGAGCUGAAGGAUGUGAACCAGGCUCUUGAGCUUGAACAGAAGAAGCUCAUGUCUGACUAUGAGAAGCUCCAACAGGAGGACCAAAAGAAGGACGAGAGACUGCAGAAGCUUCUCUUUUUGAAUGAGAAGAGGGAGCAAGCUAAAGAAGAUCUGAAGGGUCUGGAGGAGACUGUGGCAAAAGAGCUCCAGACUCUCCAUGACCUGCGUAAAAUGUUCAUCCAUGACAUCAAUAACCGCAUUGGCCGAAGUGUUGAACUGGACACUGACGAAUCAGGUGGAAGUCUGGCACAAAAACAGAAAAUUAUUUUUCUGGAAAACAACCUGGAACAACUCACAAAAGUCCACAAGCAGCUGGUACAUGAUAAUGCAGACCUUAGAUGUGAGCUGCCCAAACUGGAGAAGCGUCUGCGUGCAACGGCUGAGCGUGUGAAGAUCCUGGAGUCAGCUCUGAAAGAGGCCAAAGAAAGUGCCAUGAGAGACCGGAAGAAGUACCAGCAGGAGGUGGAUCGCAUAAAAGAGGUCAUUCGAGCCAAGAAUCAGUCCAGGAGGAACCACACCGCACAGAUCGCUAAGCCUAUUCGUGCUGGACAUCAUCACCCAGUGGCUUCUGCUUCUCCGAGUCACAGUGUGAGAGGAGGCACGCCAAGCCCCCGACGACACCACCAACCACAUCACCAACACCAACCACACCACCCACAUCACCAACACCAACCACAGCAGCAGCAGUACCAUCACAGGAGCAAGUGAAAAACAACCACGGGACAUAAAUGAUUCCCAUCUGCACAUUCCUUCCAUUCCCGCUCUGUGUGGCAACAAGAAAACAUUUUUUCCCAAUGCAGUCUUUUCUAUUCAACGAGAAAGGGAAAAACUACGAUCAUCUUUUACAGACUUUUCAAGUUCACUUCCUGUCCUUAGGUUGACCUCCACUCCAUUCAGCCUGUUUAAGUAAAGUCCCUUGUUCCCUUGGUUUAUUCAUCAGUCCUGAAUGGAGAUGUGAAAUCUGUGAACUCGUCAAUGAUUAAAAAACAAACCCAGACUCAGAAUCAAGACUAGAGGACUUUGUCUCUUGCAACUUUUCCCUCUCUUCUUCUUCCUCACCCUGGCUUCUUUAUGCCCCGAGUUACUUUUGUAUUUGGAAAAUCUCUUCUGUGUUUACAUCAUGAUUACAGUAAUUCAGCUCAUCUUUCAUCACUGAUGCCAUGUUAGUUUCCAGAACGUUCAGAAAGCAGUCCUGGAAGUUGUUCCACCCUCAGGAGUAACAUUAGGACUUUUCUGUGGUUCUUUUAAUUGGCACUAAUUCUUUCAGUCGUAAUGGCCAGUGAGAACAUGCAGUGACAUGACUGGAAUGUUAUUUAAGAACACACACAUCGCUUCAAGCUUAAUUCAUCACGAUUUAUAAAAACUAAUAAUUAGA